CAGGUUUAUCCUCUGGUGUUUUCCAACCGGUGUUCAAUUAUGAUCCGGGCUCUUGGGUUUAACGGUGUAAAUACUGUCACUCUAAAGAAUAUUCGUCGAAGUUAUAGUCAUGGUCCCCCUGUGACGAAACCAAUGAUUGAGGACCGAGUUAUGCUUGUAUUACGUCUUUACGACAAGGUUGAUCCCAACAAGCUUUCGCUAUCGUCGGAUCUGGCAAAAGAUUUUGGAAUUGACAGUUUGGAUCAUGUUGAAUUAGUUAUGGCUAUUGAAGAGGAGUUUAAUUUCGAAAUUCCAGAUAUGGAUUCCGAAAAGUUCCGCACACCAGGGGAUAUCAUACGAUACAUUUGUGAUAAAUAUGACUUAUACGAUUGA